ACAUACAUCAUUUGCCUAUUUUAUAUAUAUAUAUAUAUAUAUAAAACCUCCAUUAAUAUCUAAUUGAAAGUUUUUAUUUUAGGUGCUCAGAGCCCGUUUUCAGACAUGCGCGAUGACGACAGCUUCUUCUCCAAGCUCUUUGGAGGCUUGAAGUGAUGUAAUAACCGUCUUUUGUAUAUAUCUAUAUGACCGAAGAUGAGAUAAUAACACUAUAAUAAUCCACAAUGAUGACGUAUUUAUUUUUGUAUGGUCCCAUAGACGUAUGGAUGGAUCAGAGUGUUGAUGACAAAUGAAAAUAAAGAAUUUUAAUAUUUGCAUAAGUGUUGUUUUUGGUUUGUUUGCAUGCAACACACAGCAUGCAACUGCCUGUGUCAUUUUAUGGUGAAUGCAAUGAAAAACGUGGCUAACAUUCGGAGUUGCAUGUUGUUGCUGGAUGUAAAUGAACACGGAAUAAACCAUGAUGGCAAAUGCUUGAAAUGUUUCUUUGUCAAGGUUUCUGUUUUAGACCGCAGCAGAGGACUCAAAUGACCAAUGCGAGGAGCCCAGCAGCAAAGCAGUGUGUUUAUGUGUGUGAGAUGUGGCUUCCAGCUCCACUUUGAGAGGGAAAGCACUACUGUACCUGGUCAGGUGCUGCUCGGAUCCACUUGACUGCAAAGGUCUGGUUCAGAAAGCUCAUCUGAGAGAGCAAGUGUAAGUUUGCUCUUGCAUUCACGUUUGUUUUAUUCUAUUCAUAGUAAUUAAUAUGAAACGAUGCCAAAGUCUAUCUCCCGUUUAAAUAGUUCCGUGAUUUCCAAUAUUUUUCAUCAGUCUGAUGUAGUUUGCAGUAUCCGCCACUAGAUGUCGCGCUUUCUUAGCGAUGAACGAGUUUUGAGGAGAACAUUUUCUUGACCAGACUCUUCUUGUUUUGCUUUCGAUUAACAAUCGACGCUCACCAUCCGACGAAUUGGCGUGUUGUGUUUCACCACUCGUCUUUAUGUUGAGCUGUGAAGGCGAAAUCGUCCACUUUAACCCAACAACUGGUGCGUGCUUCUGUUGUAUGUUUUCAUAUGCCAGCUGGAUGGUGUAGUUCACACCCCGCGUCACUAGGUGGCGGUCGUGGUAUUGUCGCUGGCGCGAAAAAGAAACCGGAAGUAGUUUUGCGAGGGCUGGCUCAGUGAUUGGGUUUGUUAAAUGUUAACGCGCAGCUACUUUGCUUUUUGUAACAAUAUUACAAUACACAAUAUUUCACCGACGUUUUGACUGUCCAUUGUUGAUUGUAUAAGACAACUGUGGUGCGGUUUUAUGAAAUGUUUACUGCCGCUUCCUAUUGGACCGACGGAAACCACGUGAUUGUGACAAUCCGAGUAAUACGCAAGAAUUGUAGUCAUUUAAACCAUUAAAACGGAACAAAAUCGCAUAUUCCGUCAUUUAAAUGUGCGUAGCCGUUGUUUGGCGUAUUUGCGUUUGACGUCGACAGUUAGUGUAAGUGUAACCGUCACUUUAGCUUGUUGUGUCAGGCAUCACUACCUCCCCGCUGACGGUUUGCAGGCAUCGCUUCUCGGCCUUUUGGCUAAGAUCAAGUGUAGUAUCUGUUCUUAUCAGUUUAAUAUCUGAUACGUCCCCUAUCCGGGGACCAUAUAUUAAAUUGAUUUUUGGAACUGGGAGAUGGAAUAGGGGCUUGCUCCGUCCACUCCACGCAUCGACCUGGUAUUGCAGUACCUCCAGGAACGGUGCACCCCCUGAUAUGUUUAUAGCAAACUAAAUACAUGUCUUCUGCACGGAAGAGUAACGUUUGAGCGCCACUCUCUGGUUAUUUGAAGCUUCAACACUUUCAUGGAGGACUUUUAAAACAGUCGCCUCUACACAGAAAAAGUCGAAUAUCCAAAUUAGGUGUCAUUUGAACAGCCAAUAGGCUUUUUCCCCUCCAGGGUUUGUGUGGGAACUGGGAACAUGAACCUGACGAACAAGCCCGUAGACUUGAAGGAGACAAACAAGCAACCACAGUUAUGUUUCAUCAGCAGCAUGUUUAUUGGCACAGACAUAUCACCUUUACACUCCGAAUGAGAAAAGCUAGAGCUACUAGGACACCGCAACCAAGCCUGCUGCUAGCCAACGUCCGCUCUCUUGAAAACAAGAUGGACGAACUAAGAGCAAGGAUUACAGCUCAACGUGAGAUCAGGGAAUGCUGUGUCCUCACCUUCACAGAAACCUGGCUGACGGAGGAUAUACCGGACUCAGCGAUCCAGUUGGAAUCAUUUGCUGCUUACCGGGGAGAUCGGACUUUAGCGUCUGGUAAACACAGAGGUGGCGGCGUCUGUGUUUAUGUAAACAAAUGGUGGUGCACAGACGUACAGACGAUGGAAAAGCACUGCUCGCAGGACAUUGAGCUGCUGAUGGUGAAAUGCAGACCUUUUUAUUUGCCUCGUGAGUUUAGCGCUGUGUAUUUAACUGCUGUUUACAUCCCACCACGAGCUAACACUGCUAACGCACUAGGCCUCCUGCAUGACGUCAUUGAUAAACACGAGACCAAACACCCAGACGCUGUAUUCAUUAUAUUUGGCGAUUUCAACCACUGUAACCUCAGGACUGUCCUCCCCAAAUAUUACCAGCAUGUGAGCUUUCCCACAAGGGAAAAUAACAUCCUGGACCAAGUCUACAGCAACAUGAAAGGUGCUUUGAAGGCUGUUCCAAGACCCCACUUUGGAAAGGCUGACCACAUCUCUAUAUUCCUUUAUCCAACAUACAGACAACUUCUUAAAAAAGCUCCCCCUGUAAGUACAGCAGUUAAAAUGUGGAAUGAAGAAACUGAUCAAGUACUUCAGGACUGUUUUGGCUGCACAAACUGGGAUGUGUUUAAAACUGCAGCGGGGAGGGAAGAUUGUACUGUUGAUUUGGAUGAAUAUGCUUCUGCUGUUACUGGCUACAUUAGCACAUGCAUAGAGACUGUUAGCACCACCAAGUAUUACAGAAAAUACCCUAACCAAAAACAGUGGAUGAACUGUGAUUGCUCGUUCGACUGCAUUUGUCAUGGGCACCGCUGAUGACUACAAAAAGGCCAGAUAUGACCUGAGGAGGUCCAUACGAGAGGCCAAAAAACAGUACAGACAGAAGUUGGAGGGCUACUAUUCCACCUCAGACCCUCGGCGCAUGUGGGCGGGGCUCCAGCACCUCACAGACUAUUGACAGCGGAGUAGCGUAGCCAUGUCCAGCCAUACCACACUUCCAGAUGAGCUGAAUGAGUUCUAUGCCCGCUUUGACACCCAAACUCCUGAUGAGCAGAGAGGGUGGCUGGACUUGGGGAGCACACAGGACUCACCUCUCAUGGUGACAUCAGCUGAUGUGCGCAGGGUUCUGAACAAAACAAACCCAUGAAAAGCAGCAGGCCCAGACAACAUCUCAGGACGUGCACUUCGGGUUUGCUCAUCAGAGCUAGCUGAUGUGCUUGCUGACAAAUUUAACCUGUCGCUUGCACAAGCAUCUGUACCGACCUGCUUUAAGUCCACCUAUGUUGCCAUCUGCUGAUCGCUGAGCAGCCAUGAAGGACAAAUGAAGCUGGAGCUAAAGUAUUGGGACACGGCUCAUCUCAGUUCUUCAUCUGAACAAGACAUUUUGGCCAAUUGUACUCUUCUACCUGUGUGGGGGCACACACAUCCUCAGGCUAAAAGUAGAUAUUAGUGGCAUCGUUUGAAGAAAAACCUUUACAACUGCUCAAAUUGUAAGAUCAACGUUAUUCACCAAGCAUCUUGGACCUCAAGAGAGCUUCUCAGGUGAAAUCCUGUUCAGAGAAGGGAGGAGGACUUUGAAGAAGCGUAAGAAUGUGGGUGGGACGGCAGAGAGGAAGGGGAGAUAUUCACGGCCGUGAUUUAACAGCAGACUCGUGGCUUGGUGGUGCGGGGAUACGUGCUUGACGCUGUUGUUGUUCUGCCAAGUCAAAGUGCUUUUUCUAAGGACGCCAACGAUCACAGGAACGGCUGACAGCUCAGUCUGUGUGCACCGUUAAUAGUACAUUUGGAAGUGGGAAGUGGCCAGUAAAGCAAUAGAUAUCAUCAUGGGCUGUGGAUGAGCUGCAGUGGAACCUCGGUUAGCGUAGGCCAAAAUGUUGCCCUGCUUUUAUGUACAUUUUCCAGUUAGCGUACAAUAUGGCGUGCGUCUUGUGUUGUCAGCACGCUGUGUUCGUCAUGUAUUUGUUCUUCAUGUAUUUUUUAUCAUCUUUGCAAUGUGCAACUUCCUAUGGCUCUGUUUCAGCUUAUUUUACAGCUGUGAUGUAAAGCAGAGACGGAAUUCAGGAAGUACCACCCAGGUGGUGUCUGUGUUGAUGUGGCUGUCACAUGGCGUCUUUGGCCACAACCACGUCUUCAUACAUGUGGUAUUUUUCAUUUGCGUUUACUUCCUUUUUUGGAAGACCAAAGAAUCAGCAGCCACGCUGGACUGUGACAUCAAACCUGUCAGCGCUGUGCUGUUCAAAUGUUUCCAGUCUAACCAUUAAAAAGGUGACUCUCCAGCUUUGUCUUGACGUGCGCUGCU